AUGUCCGACGGCGCGUCGAUCCUACACAGAGUCGCCCUGAACGCCGCCUUCAUCGCUCUCGGCUAUGGUUUACGUCGCUCGAAGGUUUUAUCCGUCGACGAUGGACGAACCGUCUUCAGGUUCGCCACGCACGUCACCUUACCGGCGUUGUUGCUGUACGUCAUGACGAGGGCGACGAGCGGAUCAUCGAGCGAGAUAUUGCGGACGGUCGUCGAGCGGGUGAGCGGGACGAUACCGGCCAUGUCGCUCGCGGUCGGAAUCGGGUGCUCGCUCGGGGCGUACUUUUUGUAUCGCAAGCACCCGGCGCGCGCGCGCGGGUUAGCGGUCGGGAGCGCGACCGGGGUGAAUCUCGGGAUGUUCGCCUACCCGUUCAUUGAGGCGAUAUGGGGGAUGCCGGGGCUGGCGAUGUGCGCGAUGUGGGACGCGCCGAACGCGGUGGUCGUGUUCGGCGCGGCGAAGGCCAUCUUCGCAGCCGAGCAAAAGAAUGGAGAUGCCUCGAGGGCGGUGCACGACGACGGCGGCAUCUACGACGGCGAGUGGUUAGAUAAGAAGAAGCACGGAUACGGGUGUUACAAGUAUCCCAGCGGGUCGACGUACGAAGGGCAAUGGAAGAAUAACAUCAAGGAUGGCUUGGGCGUGUACACGUACGCAAAGGGCGGUUCAUACGCCGGCGAGUUCAAGCGAGGGAGAUUUGAAGGGACGGGUAUUCGAGUGCUCCGUACGGGAGUCGUCAAGGCGGGAUUAUGGGAGGAUAAUGAGUUCGUGGAGGCGACGACGGUGAAAGACUGCGAAGGGACGAUCGCGGCUGCGAACGCGGCGGUGGCGUCUGCUCGCAAAGCUGCCGAAGCGAGCAGCCUCACGAUGAAGGCGCUAUUCUGGAAGGUGGCCAAGUUUCCACCCGUCAUCGCCGUGACUCUGGCGAGCUUGAUGAAUUUCACUGGUGUCGCGCUUCCACAAAGUGCCGCGCAGCUGGUGGUUCCCUUGGCGAAUGCGAACAAUCCCAUCGUCUUGUUGACGCUGGGCGUGCUCUUCAAACCCGCCAUGGAUAGACUGCAACUGCAAGCAGUGGCGAGGUUCAUUGGCGUUAAAUACGGAUUAGGAUUGAUCGCCGCGGCGAUGUGUACGAUUUUCAUCCCGCAGAGCUUUUCCUUGGCUCGCGGUGUCAUCGCUGCGCUUUGCGUGAUGCCAGUGCCGUCCAUCGUCAUGCAAUACUCGGCGGAACACGACAACGACGGCCAACUCGCGGCUGCCAUCGUGAUGAGCUCGCAAGCGAUGACGAUAAUUUUGAUAUGUUGUUUCGCGGUUGCUGCGCCUCACAUCGCAAACAUAGACCGUGCGGUGUUUUCUGGCGCUCUCGCCGCGGGAGCCGUUGCGCUGUCGGCGGCGAGCGCAGCGGGCGUGAAGGCUCUGGAGACAUCCAAGUCUGACCGCUCGUCGAAAUCGAACAUGGCCGUCGCACCGACCGCGAGCAUGGCGUCGAUACCGCGAGCGAGUCGAAAUACUCGACGGAGGAUCGCGAUACGAGAAUCUCCUUUACUCACUCUAAGCGCCCGAGGAUCGAAGUUCGCGCGGCCUCGCGCGAGGGCGAACAUCAGGAGCACGCACGCGUUCGCGAUGAGUGGCGGCAUGAAGUUUGUGCGACUGUAG